AUGCGCCAGACAUUUGGCGAUUUCUUAAACCAGGGCGAACCGUCUACCCCGCGUGGACGCGGUCGCGGCCGGGGCGGGGGUGGUCGCGGCGCGCGCGGCUCGCCGUUCGGUGGACGCGGACGCGGCGGCGGCGGGGCACGUGGGGGACGCGGCGGCGGCUCGUCCUUUAGCGCCGACUACAGCAACGUUGGGCUCGACUACGACAAGGUCAACACCCGCGCGGCAGGCGGAUACAUUCGCAGCGACCAAUACACUGCCCAGGUACAGCCGUUCGGUCCCGGCAAUCGAGCCGAUGGCGACUCGACGCGCGGUCGUGGGCGCGGCGGAGGCCCAGGCGGAGGCGGGCGCGGAGGUGGACGCGGCGCUCGUGGAGGGUUUGGAUACCGCGGCGGAGCGGCCGGCGGCGCUCCUGGCUUUGCGCGUGCUCCAGGCUCGGCGACGGCGUCCCCAGGACCCUCUGGCGCCGCGACGCCCGUCACGGGCGGCCUCGGGUUCCACCGGUCCACCAUGCACGCCCGCGUGGCUAUUACGGCCUCGCGGGUUGGUGCGGACGGCGUGGUCACGUGGGGCGGAGGGCGGGCGCCGCUCUUCGUCAAAGCGGGCGAGCUGUUCAAGGAGGGCGAGGUCGAUGUGGUGAAGCGCGAUGGCGACGUCCUCCGCGUUCAAGUGUACCCCAUGGAUGACCCCAGCGCGCCGCAGAUGACCGACCUGCAUGACGAUGCCGAAAUCGACAUUGAAGAUGGCGAGAGCACCGAGGCCAUUCUGGGUCUCGUCGAGCAUGCGCACGAGGCGCAUGUUACUGAGGCUGAAGAACAUGUGCCUGCGCCGCACCACGAGCGUGAUCAAGAGGAGGCUGAGUCUGGGUCUGACGCCGAGUCCCAGCCCGAGUCCGAGGCCGCUUCCGAGUCUGAGGAAAUCAACGAGGAAGACUUUGCCCGCGCGGCCGAUGCUCUCUUCAGCGACGACACGGACGAGGAGGAUAUCGACCGCGGCCUCAUUCCCGACAGCGUUCAACCCUCCCCCGCAAUUCCGACUGCAACCCUUACUGUUUCAAGCACCAUUGCUCUUGAUAGUGACACCCACGUGGCUGCUGUGACCACUACGACAGCAACUACCGAAGCUACCGAGAUUCGUGCCAGAUCUCCAUCGACAAAUGCCAGCAGCGAUCCAGCUGUGCAGCAGACUCCAGAGCGAGUUUUGAGAAAGACCCCAGAGCCAGAGAAUGAUUCUCCUCUUUUCUUCAUCGACACUACUGGCACUGGAAGCCACGUCCAACGCUGGGAGACCAAUGACGAAGACUCCGCUGCGGCUGGCGGCGACGACACGCUGUUCUUUGUCGACACUGGUGCCGAUGUCUCCACCUCCAACGAUGUUCCCCUGUACGACACCUCCACCACCAUCCUCAUUGGCGCCGACCGUCGGGCUCCUCGCCCCAUUGACGACGCAGAAGAGGCCAUCGUCUUCCGCCCUCGACUGAUUGCCGAUCCUGUGCCCGCUUCGGCCUCGUCGUCCCGCCCAAGCAGACCGCAGGGCAGCAACUUUGAGCUCACUAGCGUGUACGUGGACCCGCGCGUCGUCCUGAACCGCAAGGACCGCAAGGCGUUGAAAAAGUCCAAGCGCGCACGUAACAAGAAGGGCAAGCGCGGAAAGCACACCGACGGCAUGCCAAGGGAGGACAGUGACCUCGACUGGGGAAGCGACGGCCCACCUGCACCCAAGGUCCUUGACAUUGAGGUCAAUGCGCUGGGACAUGCCCUCGCCAGCACCGACCUCGACUUUGACGAAGACGUCGAUCCCGAUAUUGACAUGGAGGCCAUGGCGCGCUUCGCCAACUCGUCCAAGGACAUCGGGGCGUUUGGUGGCGAGGCAAUGGUUGAGAUGGAGAGCGACAGCGACCAGUGGGAGGACCAGGAGAGUGUCAAGGGCAAGGGCAAGGGCAAGGGCAAGGGCAAGGCGGCGUCGAGGCGGCGUCAGCAGGAUCCCUUUGGUCUCGAGAUUUCGUCCUCAGAGGACGGCGAUGAGGGUGAUGACGAUGACGACGAUGACGAGGACCUCGACGAAACGGUCGACUUUGAGGCUCUUGCCGCCGCCUACGACAGCGAUUCUGACUCUGAAGAUGACAAUGCGCUUUUCACCGGCCACAACGCUUGGAAGGACGAUGAGGAUGAGGAUGAGGAAGAGGAAGAGGAGGACGAAGCCGACUGGUUUGCGCGCAACCUCGACAAUGCGCUCAACGGCGGCGUCAUGUCGGCGGGCAGGAAGGAGCGCAAGGCAGUUUUCCGUUCUGUUCACAACGGCACCUUUGACGAGGCGCUUCCCAUUGCUCCUGCAAAGAAGGACAAGAAGGGUGCCCACAUCCCCCAGGCUCUUCACGACCAAUGGGAGCGCGACCGCGCGAGGAAGGCCGACAAGAAGCGCCAGCGCGAGAUGGACCGCAUGCUCGGCCUGCUCAUCGGCAACUCGAAGAAGGGCAAGAAGGCUGGCAAGGCGGCUGCCGCUGCUCGCGCACACCUUGUCAACGCCAGCGCCGCCGAGGUCGCGGAGCUCUUUGACGUGACGUCGGACGACGGCGGGUGGGGCGUCACGACCAUGCCAAAGCACAAGGGCCACAUGAUGAAGCUCCUCCCGCGCACACUCGACGAGAUUGACAUUGAUGUCCAAGAGUUCCUCGAAGACAACGGCCGCACGACCCUCGCCCUCCCGUCGAUGGACAAGGAGUUGCGCAAGAAGGUCCACAUGUUAGCCGAGUGCUACGGCCUCAAGAGCCAGAGCAAGGGCAAGGGCCACAGUCGCUACCCUAUCCUCUUCAAAGGCAAGCGCUCGAGACUCAUGAACCCAGACAAGCUCGAACGUCUCCUCGCCGCAAGCAGGGCCUCGGGCAGCGCGUUUUACAAGGCGCUUUACCAGCGCGGUAACAACGGCGGAAAGAAGGCCUCGACAGCUGCUCGCGGUACCGGUGGUGGAGCAUCGGCUCGGGCCCGCGAAGGCGAGCUGGUGGGCGAGGGUGCCGAGAAGAUUGGUCAAGACAAUGUUGGGCACAAGCUGCUCAGCAUGAUGGGGUGGACCGAGGGCUCGGGUAUUGGUCGCGUUGGUGGCUUGGACGCACCUAUUGUCGCAGUUGUGAAGAACACAAAGAGCGGCUUGGGUGCCUAG